ACAGAAGUCUAUUCAAACUUGUGUCCACCAUUUUCUGCAGAUUAUACUGACCCCUGUGGACAGCGGCCCUGCCUCCACAGUGGGAUCUGUGAGUGGACACCCAGGAGCCACCCACCCUUCAUCUGUCACUGUCCUGUGGGCUACAAGGGAAACAUCUGUGAAAUGAAAUCAGAUGGUAUUAAACCGGAGGGUGGAGACAUCAUUCCAAAAAAGACACAUUUGGCGUUUGAUGAUGUCAUCAAGCUAGUCGAUGGUCCAUCGGCAAGCCGGAUGCUGGUUGUGUUUGGUGCUACCGUACUUGGAAUCGUUCUGAUCAUCAUCAUCCAUUGCUGCAGAGUGCUGAGUAGAAAGCAAAAGGAGGAUGCAGAUUACCUGAAGCGACUACAGACAAAGGACAACCUGCCAAAAUCCCUGCCCCCAGGAUGUUGUGAACUCAGCAACAGUGUCUUCUUUGAGACCCUGUGCUGCCUGGGCAUUAUCAAAGACAACAUAAAGAAAGAGCGCAAUGAAAUCGACGUCGACCAGUUGGUGUCUGAAUUGAAACUGGCAAAAAGUCUCUCCAUGACCAUGUCAAAGAAUGCCUCCAAGCUCGUGUCUGAUGGGAAGAGAAGUAAACACUCACUGAGGCCCAGUCGCAGCAGACGACCAUCGGAACAGAGAAUUUCGAUGCAACAAAGAUCACAGCUUGAUUUUAAACCGUCUACGAAUGGAGGAAAAAAAGACGAUUCAUAUGUCAUCAACGUGGAAGAAAACGAGACAUUUGCUGACAAGACAAAAUUAGAUGGUGACCAAGCAGAGUCGCCGAAGGAUUCUUUAAGGUCCCUACCGUUGUUAAAAGAGGCCAUUAGGCAGUCUAAUAAUCACGUGAAAUGCAGUUGUGGCAAAAUCAUAGCAUCAGAAUCGAAAAACAAAAGACCAAGUUCCGAAGGCUUUAAAGCCCAGCAGCAAUUGCACCCAUCCGCUUCUAGUCGCAUCAGUUUUACUGACGGAAGUGUACGUAAUGGACCUGUAACACAGAAACAAAGAUCUCUUCAAUCUGUGAGCUCACAACAGCGGUCGGAUUAUAGAGAAUUCCAACAUCCCAGUCCAUCAAGGCAAACAUUAACAUCGUUAUCUCGACAUGAAGUUGAAAGACAAAGUAGACACGGCUCUGAACAACAAAAUGGCAGUGAAUUGCGAUUGGAAACACCUUUGCAACGUGUUCCGCAAAUGGCUACCAGGAACGAGUCAGAUCAUCGUAGUGUUUGCGAGCCCAUAUAUGGAUACAGUACACCGAUACCUACCUCUCGGAGAAGAAGCUACCAUUCAAUCAUUUCAAAAAGUAGAAAGAUUUCUGCUGAAACGCAGACCACCCCGACAUUUCUAUCGCACAUUGAGCAGAUACCGUCUCCUGGGCAACCGCCAUUACCACAGGAACCGCCAACUUCACAAUCCAGACUGAUCCGAGUCGAUAAGGCUCAGAACGUUCCGUCCUUUGCUUCCAACACUGGCGUGCCUCCACAGUCCGAGUUUGUUAGAGUUGACAAAGCUCAGAACUUUCCGUCCUUUGCUUCCAACACUGGCCCACCUUCACAGUCCGAGUUUGUUAGAGUUAAGAAAGCUCAGAACUUUCCGUCCUUUGCUUCCAACACUGGCCCACCUUCACAGUCCGAAUUUGUUAGAGUUGAGAAAGCUCAGAACUUUCGGUCCUUUGCUUCCAACACUGGCCCACCUUCACAGUCCGAAUUUGUUAGAGUUGAGAAAGCUCAGAAUUUUCCGUCCUUUGCUUCCAACACUGGUCCACCUACACAGUCCGAAUUUGUUAGAGUUGAGAAAGCUCAGAACUUGCCGUCCUUUGCUUCCAACACUGGCCCACCUUCACAGUCCGACUUUGUAAGAGUUAAAAAUGCUCAGAACUUUCCAUCCUUGGCCUCUGACAUCAGCCCUGUGUACGGUGUACAUCCGUCCAGAAGUACAGAUUACAAAGCCAAAAUAUUUACUUUUGAUGACUAUGCAAUGGAUGGUCUGAGGGAGAUGCAGGAUAAUAAUUCUCACACUUCAAGUCACAAUAUAGCUAGGAGUGGAGUAACUCUCUCGCAGCAAAGAAGCGGUACCCGCCAAUCUCGUGCAGCCUCUAAGCCUUCAACCACAGCUCUCCGCCAGCGUGAUCUAAGAAGCUAUUCAGACAGAGACGAACAACUGAAAGAGAGCUAUAUUAUUCGACCAGAGAAAUCCUCUCAUUAUCUGCAAGACCGGUUGCUAGAAAACCAAUACAAGCCCUCUUUUCAUUCCGAAAUAAACAUUAGACCAGACAGGGAAAAUUCACAGCCAAAACAGGAAUUUUCAUAUUAUGAAGAAUAUGUUCCAACAAAGCGUAUAUCAGAAAUGAAUGACAAUGAAUGGCCCGUUGAAAAUUUCCCUUCCAUCGGUUCUCGGAUUGAUGCACGACGCAGUUAUUCACAACCAGCAGUGUUUCGUAAAUCAGAGGUCAUUUUAGACCCCGGUGAAACCUAUUACAACAACAAUUAUCCCGACAAAUACUUCGAGCAUCAAGAUAACAGAGAGCACAUUGUGAUGCCUAUUUACAAGGUCCCAAACACCCCACCUUUACCGAAUCCAUAUCAAACCACGUACCGAGAACACUUUGGGAUGGUAAACAACAGAACCCGCGUAAGACCCAAUCGUCAGCUGGUUGAUUCCGGAAUAGAAGUGAAUGGAAGUAGAGACUCUGGUGAGAGAAAUCAUAACGUACCAAGCAGGUCUCCACAUUCUCAAUAUCAGCAAGCUUUAGCCAACCACAGAGCGUCUACUUACGGUUCCGGUAGACGAAAGGAAAGAGAAUUCGAUUUCGAGUCCCGGUCUUCGAGUCGUAAUGGAAGACACAGCCGAGGGCCGUCCACUUCCAACGAACCAAAUCUGGAAAACGACCAGGAGGUUCUAAAAUUUCUAAAGGAGCGGAGAAGCGUUAGCGGUUUUAUGGAGGCUAAACGGGAGAGUCCACAGGAGGCACGGCGAUCUCGGUUUAAUCGAUGCGUACAGGAGCGCCGCUCGGCCCCAUCAAGUUCGGUGGUGCCUUCUGACAACGAGGAGCAGUACAUAGAUGAUCCACAGAACGAUGACCGUGUUCUGGAGUACCUCCGUCAGAAGAAAACGGUGAGCGCGCUCAUAGACGAUAGCCGUCAGACGAUGCCCAUUAAGUUUGUACGUGACUUUGAAGAGCGCCGUCAACCCAACGUUCCGGUCAGUGAGCGCGAUAGAGAAAAUGAUGAAGAAGUCCUGUAUUAUCUCAGACACCGGAGAAGUAUCAGUGGGGGCAGGUCGGACGAAAACGAGGGAGCACGAGAAAGAGUAAUGCAAAACGUCAGAGAAGACUUUGAAUAUGUGGGUCCUCGAUCUCUAGAGACGAUGGCAGACAUUAAUCAGGAACUGAAGUAUACAAAAAUGUUCGCAAAGAACACGACUCAGUAUCCACCAGCGGCGGCAAAGAUUGGAGAAAGGAAGGAUAUCAAAGUACCCAUCACGUCUAGAAAUGUAUUUUCUCCCCCGCCAUCGAACAGAGGAAGUCCACAACAGAGGCGCGAGGCUCAAGAUGAAGGUCCGAGUACGCCAUACCAGGAAUACCUCAGAAGAAGCAUGAUUCGUUGGCCAGUGAAAGAUAUAGAUAUAAGACGUUCUAGAGAUGCUUUGAAAGGAAACCGCUUGCAGGAAUUGUUGAAUAAAGACGGAGAUCAACACGCCAAUCAAAGAGAGUCCAGGCAUUCGGGAAACAAUAACAAUAUUGAGUCCAGUGCUUACAUUUAUAAUUCAGGCGAAGAAUUCCUCGAUGAUUCAGAGCAAAUUAAUCAAAGAGAGCAAAUCGAGUACAACGAUAAACCUUUUUCAGGUAGAAAUAAAGCUGAGGAGAAUGAAUUUCUACAGCAAGUCAAAAAAAGGGGUAAUGAUGAACGAGUGAUGCGCGAAGAAAGAACACAACAGCGUGGAAGGCGACCGAGAACCAGCACAGGGGACACUAGAGACCGAACGUUAAACGAAACGCGCGAUUAUUCUUCCUUUACAAUGGGUGGCAGCGAUAGUGGUCUGUAUGAGAGAGGAGCCGGGCCAAAACACAGCACACCCAAACCGUCCCCAGAACAACGAAGCACUUGGGAAAGACGAAACAGUUCGGGGUCACUUCUAGAAGUCAUGCGAAAUAGUCCAACGAUUCAGAACAAGUUUUUCUCCAGAUCUGAAAACAUGGCACAGGAAGACUUCACUAACGUUAAUAUUUGGAAAACUGAUAUAGAUUCAAGAGCUGGCAGAAGACGGAGUAGAGAGCAGAUACUCCAUAACCAACAGCGUGAUUACCAAAACGAGGCGGAUCACGCGAUAUCGAGGCCCGACGCGAGAGUUCUCCCUAACUCACAGACCCUUAGCUCGCUCCAAGGGAUGUCCUCGGAACGACUCCACAGCCGGGUAUCGGAGGCUUUCCUGGGACCCCAGAGCUUGCUGGGAGAUCGGCGUCAAACACGGAAGGCUUCGUUCAUUGGUUACCAUAAGUCCAAUGAGAGAGCUCGUAAUGGACAUAGAUACCAUGACAACAUGGACACAACAUUUGACUCAAAUGAAUCUAUUCCAAGGACGCCACCUCCUCCCCCAAAUGUUUAAGACAUCACUGCUGAACCCCAACCUUUUCUUCGUGUUCAAAAAAUGCACAAUACAUAUACUAGUAAUUAACGUCUUUAAUUUGAGAAAUAGUGUUUGAAUAAUCGUGCUGAUACACAGGGGUCAUAUGAGAAAUAAACAACAGAAACAAUUAAACUGUAUGUGUUUGAAUUGAAAUUAAUACAUCAGUAUCUGAAGCCAAAUUUUCUGCUGCCUAUUUAUAGCAGGAAGUUGUAUGUGUGUAUUACUUUUAAAAAUAUUUGAAAAUUUGGUUUCUUAAUAUUCAACCACAAAAAUAAUAAUCAUGAUUUUCAUGUACUGGUUGUGCACUAAAAAAAAUUAGAACAACUGAAAACCAUUAAUUUGGAAACGAGAUAGAAAACUGGGAAAAGAUACUUCGAAUAUUUUUUUAAGAGGGAGAACAAACAUGCCCUUCAAAAGGUAUUUAAAAGAAUGUGUGGUGAUUUUCUAUGACACAAAUUUUUUAUAUAACACUUUCGUGUUGUUGCCAAUAAAUGCUUCUAUUUGUUGAAUUUAAAUGCUUAGCCUGCAGCAUUUUUUUCAGAGAUGGCAAAUAAAAAUGUUACUGAAUUGUGUUAAAACAAGAAUGAAUAAUCUUUCAAAAUAACAUCGAUUUUUUUAAAUUUUCCCUUAUUUUUUGUACCAUUCAUACCAUAGCAACAGGUUUUAAGUUAUCUAUUUGUCUUGUACAGUCUUUAAAACAAAAUUUUUUUUUCGACCAAUCAGAAGCGCCAAUAUCAAACGAAAU